GUAGCCGUAUGAAAUACAUACACGAUAAUCCGACAAUCAACAGCGAAUUCGAUAAAUCAUUCCAACCCAUAUCAGCGAGGACAUUAAAGUUGCAUCUAUUCUUAAGAGGAUAAAGUUGUCAAUUGUUUCUUUCGACAUCUGCCAAGAAUCAAUCCAUUCUUUUCCAGAGUGCGCAUCAUUCUUCAAUCCCCCCUCCACAAUUCGACGACCUUCACCUACUAUCCCAAAUUCACGAUUUGAUAACGCAACCACAUCACGCAUAAUAACGACGCAUGGUCGAUCGCAUGUGAGCCUACACGAUGUCGACUGCUACCGACCAGGUAGUUGUUCCCAGUGAGGGCGAGCAAUCUGCGAUCCCGCAGGGUCUUGCUUCGCCACCAGAAAGCAACAACACCAUCAGAACCGAUCCAUCAAGCGACUCAGAAUUAUCAGAUCUCGAGUUCACAGCAGACGAGCCAAUUGAACCAGAACAUUGGGAAGAUGAUGGCAGAGUCCCUGUUUUCAUGCCGACCAUGGCUCAGUUCAAGGACUUUAAUCUCUUCAUGGAUAAAGUCAAUAAAUAUGGUAUGAAAUCUGGUAUUGUCAAGGUUAUUCCACCACCCGAAUGGAAAGCUGCCCUUCCACCGCUCGACGAUGCUAUAAAAACGAUUCGAGUGAAGGAUCCGAUUAAACAGGAUAUCAUGGGUCAGAGCGGAACAUACCGACAAGCCAACAUUCUCCAUCAACGUUCUUACAAUCUUCCACAAUGGCGACAGUUGUGCGAUCAAAGCGAACAUCAGCCUCCUGCCAAGAGAGGUGAAAGGAGAGCCAAUGUUGAAAAAGUUAAAGCUACAACAAGAGCAAAGGCUCCAACACCCGGAGGAAAAAGAAAACCAGGCCGUCCGUCCAGACUCAAGACAAAUGCUACUGUCGAUUCAGAAGGUGGAACUCCAGAUCGUUUACCUACCCCAAUAUCUCCGAAAACCGAAGGUGAUUCAUCGUCCGUCAAGCAAGAAGUAAACGAGGAUGAUACGCCUGUCAAACCAAGGGGGGGAAGACAGCCUAAAGCCAUAUCCGUUUCUUCUCGACGUAAAAACAAUCGCCGUGGUGAAGCAGGCGUAGUAGACGAAGCCGCGUUUGAGAACUUCAAAUACGAGCUAGAGGGUGAGGAUUACUCGGCAGAGAGGUGUGAAGAAUUAGAACGACACUAUUGGCGUACCCUCACAUAUGCUCCACCACUUUAUGGAGCGGAUAUGAUGGGAUCAUUGUUCGAUGAUAGAACGACUGAAUGGAACCUUGGAAAGUUACCCAAUAUACUUGACCAUUUGGGCGGGCAGAUUCCUGGUGUCAACACUGCAUAUCUUUACCUAGGCAUGUGGAAAGCCACUUUUGCCUGGCAUUUGGAGGAUGUCGACCUCUAUAGUAUCAACUAUCUUCACUUUGGCGCACCGAAGCAAUGGUAUAGUAUCUCUCAGGGGGAUGCACGACGAUUCGAAGCUGCGAUGAAAAAUAUCUGGCCAGCUGAUGCUAAAGCUUGUAGCGAAUUUCUUCGUCAUAAAACUUUUUUGAUAUCACCUCAGCACUUGUUGUCAAAUUAUAACAUUAAGGUUAACAAAAUUGUCCACCGACCAGGAGAGUUUGUGAUUACUUUCCCGUACGGAUAUCAUUCUGGAUACAAUCUCGGGUAUAAUUGCGCUGAGGCUGUUAACUUUGGUUUGCCAUCUUGGCUUGAAUAUGGAAAGGUGGCUAAGAAGUGCGACUGUGAUCAAGCUCAAGACAGUGUUUGGAUCAAUGUUCGGGAUUUAGAACGCAAGAUGAAUGGCGAAGAGACUGAAUAUGAAACCGACUUUGACGAGGACGAAGAAGAAGAGGAAGAGGACGAAAAUGAAACGACAGAUCUCCUUACUCCCCCUGACAGCAGUGGCGACGCGAAGGUCAAAACCAAGACUCAACGUAAGAGAAAGCGUGUCAAGAGUGAGUCGGACGAGCAGCAAAAUGUGAAGAGAAUUCGAAUGCGCAUCAAAGCACCGGUCAACGAACCUUGUGUCUUGUGUCCCAACGACAUUCCCUCCGAGCCUCUACUCCCAACCGAGGACGGUAAACAGGCACAUCGUAUGUGUGCUCAGUACAUUCCAGAAACGAUCGUGGAAGAAGCAGAUAAGAAAGAAGUGGUUACAGGCAUCAAGGAGAUUUCCAAAGCUCGAUUUGACCUCAAGUGCAACUAUUGCCGCUCGAAGAAAGGUGCAUGCUUUCAAUGCUCUAAGAAGAAGUGUACAAGAGCAUACCAUGCGACCUGCGCAGCAGCAGCGGGCGUCUUUGUUGAACAAGGUGAAAUUCCAGUGUUUGGAGAGGAUGGUACCGAGUACAAAGAGUGGGGCAUCGAAUUUAGUUGUCGCUUCCAUCGCAUCAAACGCGAUAAGAGGCUGGACAGCGAUUCUCUCGAGGAGGACGAUCGUAUUCGGAAUGGUGCCAAGGAGUUGAAGGUUGGCGAAGUCUGUCAAAUGCAGUUUUACAAGGGCGACAUAUUUGCAGGUACCAUCAUCGAGAAUCGGAAAGAUGAAGAGACAGUACUUGUUGAUAUUCUGCCUCGCGGUGACCGAGUUGAAGUCGAAUAUAAAUGGAUUCUCAUUCCCGACGCGUCGUUCUUCACUCUCGCCAAGCCAUCCGAGAAAGCAAUCCCCAUGCCAAAAUCUCGUAUUGAGGCAGCGUCACUCAACACCACAAAACGUCAAGUUGAUGACAUUCCAAGAGCUGAAGAUCCUUUUGUUAAGGGCUUCACAUGGGCAGAGUUUAAUACAGAGAGUAUCGUUCGCAAUGCGGCACAGGUCAAACUAGAUUUGAGCAAGGAGAACCAAGUUUGGUACUAUCUUGGAAAGAACUCCACAGAGGCUAGGGCACAAUUUACGGAAGAUGUAAAGAUCCAGAGACACAAUCCUAAAGGACAUUUUCUUGAUACAAUUCCCAAACCGGCUACAGCUGCGCCACGUACAUCUUACGCAGCCUCAUAUCCUACAACGAACAAAAUUUCUGCAACCGCGACAAAGAUGCCCAUCGCCAACACUUCCAAUGUGGGCCCGGGGGCACAGGCAAUGCAGAAGAUGGCUGCUACCAAACUUGCGAAUCAAGCGGCACCAUCCUCUGGAACUUCCGCGCCUUUCGUUGCGAGGUCAGAGAAACCAUAUGUGUAUAAGCCUCGUAAAUCUGAAGAUGGUUAUCACAGCGGUUUGAUUGAUGCGCAAUCAUACCAAUCUCAACAAGCUUUCUUGCGACAGUCAGCGGCAUCUAGGCCUGUCCAAGUACCUGCAAUUGGUCUCAACUUUGGUACUGAUCCCAGGUUUCAAAAUAACCCGGCGUCUCCUGCUCCCACUUCCACGACGCCUCCCGCAAUCGCUUCUACGAAUCAAUCUGCGGUUGUUCCUCCGAGAGCUGCUUAUACACCAAAUAAUAGCUAUGCACCACAAGUCAAAUACGCUCCACCACGCCAGCCUCAUCAAGCAGCUACACCACGUCAAUCCCAGCCAGCUGCCAGUCCACUGGCUCCACCUAAUACAAAUUAUCGACCAACUCAGUCGUUGGCGAAAGGAAACAACCCCUUUAGUAGUAGAGCAGCUGCUCCUAAAAUGGGAAAUGUUUUUGCGAAGUAUCUCUACUUGCAGAUCGAGCAUAACCGCUCACCUAUGGAAUACAAGAGCCCCUACAGAGAAGGUGGAGGAUUCAUGAAUGGUUACCAAGGCAAUUGGACAGAGCAUCUCAAGAAGACCCUAUUUGCAAAAUCGGGAUCAUCUACAGCAUCACCCCCAACAUCAAUUUCUUCCUAUACCGGGGGUGUCGGCAGGAAAGCAUCCUACCCUACUUCUUAUACCCCCCAAUCCUCCCGCGGUUCCUAUUCAUCUAAUGGGUCCCAAAUAUAUUCUCCCGCAACUUCAUCUGCAAGACCAAGCUAUUCUUCACCUUCCAUACCCAGACAUCAGCAAACGCCAACUCAACAGGUCACGCCUAAGCCGUACGACACGAAUCAAUGGGAAAGGAAAGACUCACCCUUGCACCCAGCUAUUCGGAAGGAGUACAGUUCGAUGUUUCACAAUCACCACGUGCCGCAGCCACAAGGUCAACAACAAAAUCCUCAGCAGCAAGGUCAUCAGCAACAUAACCACAAAAGUCACGAUUCUACUCAGUAUCAAAAUUCACCCUACCUUCCGUCUGGUGGCCAAGGCUCUCCCACGCAACCUGGAUUCGCGUCUCAAGCGCCAAAAACAACUGAGUUCAAGCAAGCUCAACAAACUGAGGAACCUAAGAAGUCCCAACAACUUCAACCUCCCCAAUCUCAACCUACGCCUCAAGUUGCACAGAAGAUUGGCCAUAAUUCAUCAUCGCAGCCUCAACCGGUUGCAAAAGCUACUCUCAUUACUCCUCCCUCAUAUUCUCCUUCUCUCACCCGGACAGAACUCAGUCAGCAACCGAUCAAUGCUUCGAAUCAGUCUCAGGUUCCACCUCAAUCUCCUCAGCAGGAGGCGAAACCCAUCUAUCCUCGUCAGCAAUAUUUCCAGAACCUUAAUUCUUCGAGGGUACAGCCACAAACUUUUGCUCCUCCUCCGCAAACCCAUGACUUACCAGACGUGCCAAUUGAUUCAGAGUCUUUGAUUGAAGACAUGCUGAAGAAUUUGAGAAAGGUCACAACAGGCACGGCUAAGUAGUAGGAUUGAAUUGUAUUCCGAGGAGCCCCUUCAAUAUGAUGACAUUACAACCAAAUCAGCUCAAGGGGGUGUAAUGCGGGAGAAAUUCUAGUGUGCAUUGAUGUGUUUAAUGAUGAUUCUUGGGGGCGUACAUAAUACCAAAUCCUGAGAUGAGGGUGAAUUUUUUGGCGUUUAAGGAUGUCUGGGACAAAGGGGUGAUGAGGUGUUUGGGUUCUCGUCCGGGUUUGUUCAUGUUAUAGUUCUUUUAAUUCUUUCAACUUAGUUCAUGAAUUCAAGCAAGUUCUCGUUUGAUGCACAGUGUCUGCAUAUGGACAGGUUUCCUUCUCUUUUCCCAGGAAAUUGCAGAUCAACAUUCAAAAACUAUCAUAAUAUUAGUGAGAACUACUGGAUGGCCAGGAUGCAUUUUUAUUCACAUUCAUGUUGGUUCCUGAUGUACAAGCCAAAUCAAUCGGAACAAAACAGAGAAAAGCAUAACAUAAUGAAACAAGCAGGCAACAUUGAGUCAAUUUAAAAAAGGAGAUGGAAAACAAUUGAGAGCACGGAGAAUGCAAUUGUACAAUAGUUUACGCAGUUUAUAGGAACGAAUGAUAAU